AAUAUUGUUUUUAAUUGGUGAAAUUUGUAUGCAGUCUGUUGUUUAAUUACUAGUUGUGUGACAAUGUUAAUUUUCUGAUUUUGAUAACUGAUAGUUAUGUAAGAUAUUAACAUUAAGGGAAGCUGAGUGAGGGAUAUAGGAAUUUUCUCUACUAUUUUUGCGAUUUUUCUUUAAUUCUAAAAUUAGUUCUAAAUAAAAAGGGUGCUGUUUGCUUGUUUUUUUUUUUUAAAAGAGAGAAUGUGAGCUGGGGUAAGGGGCAGAAGGAGGGAGAGAGAAUCUUAAGCAGGCUCCAUAUUCAAUGCAGAGCCCAGUGUAGAGCUCGAAGCAGAGCUUGAUCCCACAACCUUGGGAUCAUGACCUGAGCUGAAAACAAGAGUCAGACUUUCAACAGACUGAGUCACCCAGGCACCUCUAAAUAAAGAGUUUUUAAGAAUCAACACAAACUAGAACAAAACUAUUUGCACUACAUGUACUAAAGACUAAUUUUUCAUAUACAUCAGUAGGAAAACAUAGACAUAGAUAAAAAUGUGCAGAGGAUAUAAACAAGAACUUAUGGUAAAAUAAAUAUAACCAAUAACUGUAUGAAAAUGUACAACCAUUUGCAUAGUUCAAGAAAUACAAGUCUGAGUUUUUUACUUUUUAGAAGUUAACUAUUAAAAGGUAUAACAUCCUGUCACUCUCACAUAUAGCAUCUGAAUUGUCUAAGUCUGUAUAUACCUUUUAGAAGAUAAGUUUUUUUCUUCUGUUAGAAACUUACCCUAUACCACUUAUAGCAGUGAGUUCAUUGUGGUAGUGUUUCUAAUAGGAAAAAAUGGCCCAGCAGUAGUGUAGCUGGUUAAAUAAAUAAUGAGAUUUCUAUUUAUAAUGGAUUUCAUAUAACAUUGAGCAAGAUAGAUCUGUAUUAGCUCUGGGAAGAGUUCCAGGUUAUACAAUUAACUGAAAAGUGAGAUACAGAACAUGUAUAUGUUAUGAACGCAUUUGCAUAGUUUUUCUAAGUAUGUAGGUAUAUGCAUAAAAAUUACUUUUGGAAGGAAAAAAGAACCUUAGAAGUGUCUUUGUUGGGAAGGAGAGACCUGGACUUUAUGGAUGGGGGAGGAUUACUUUUUAUUUUAUACUUUUUUCUUAAAUCUCAUUUUAAAAAAUCAGAUACAUAUAUUAUUUAAAAAAUAAAAUUGCAGCACAGAAACAAACACUCAGAUCACUGGAACAGAACACAGAACCUACAAAAGGACCCACAAACAUAUGGCCAACUAAUCUUUGACAAAGCAGGAAAGAAUAUCCAAUGGAAUAAGACAAUCUCUUCAGCAAAUGGUGCUGGGAAAACUGGACAGCGACAUGCAGAAAAAUGAACUGGAUCACUUUCUUACACCAAAUACAAAAAUACACUCAAAAUGGAUGAAAGACCUAAACCUAAGACAGGAAGCUAUCAAAAUCCUAGAGGAGAGAAAGCAGGCAAAAACCUCUUUGACCUCGGCCACAGCAUCUUCUUACUCAACAUGUCUCUGGAGAUAAGGGAAACCAAAAUAAAAAUGAACUACUGGGACCUCAUCACAAUAAAGAGCUUCUGCACAGUGAUGGAAACAAUCAAGAAAACUAAAAGGCAACCAAUGGAAUGGGAGAAGGUAUUUGCAAACAACAUAUCAGAUAAAGGGUUGGUAUCCAAAAUUUAUAAAGAACUUAUCAAACUCAACACCCAAAAAACAAACAAUCCAGUGAAGAAAUGGGCAAAAGACAUGAACAGACACUUCUCCGAAGAAGACAUCUAGAUGGCCAACUGACACAUGAUAAAAUGCUCAACAUCCCUCAUCAUCUGGGAAAUUUAAAUCAAACCACAGUGAGAUACAACCUCACACCCAUCAGAAUGGCUAACAUUAACAACUCAGGCAACAACAGAUGUUUGCGAGGAUGUGGAGAAAGAGGAUCUCUUAGGAUCUCUUUUGCAUUGCUGGUGGGAAUGCAAGCUGAUACAGCCACUCUGGAAAACAGUAUGGGGGUUCCUCAAACAAUUAAAAAUAGAACUACCCAAAAAAAAAAAAAAUAGAACUACCCUACGACCCAGCAAUUACACUACUAGUCGAUCACAGCCGAGUUAAGUUGACUUUAAAGACUCCUUCUCAAGAUUCAGACUAUAUCAAUGCAAAUUUUAUUAAGGGUGUUUAUGGGCCAAAAGCGUAUGUGGCAACCCAAGGACCGUUAGCAAAUACAGUAAUAGAUUUUUGGAGGAUGAUAUGGGAGUACAAUGUUGUAAUCAUUGUAAUGGCCUGUCGAGAAUUUGAGAUGGGAAGGAAAAAAUGUGAACGCUAUUGGCCUUUGUAUGGAGAAGAACCUAUAACAUUUGCACCAUUUAAAAUUUCUUGUGAAGCUGAACAAGCAAGAACAGACUACUUCAUUAGGACACUCUUACUUGAAUUUCAAAAUGAAUCUCGUAGGCUGUAUCAGUUUCAUUACGUGAACUGGCCAGAUCAUGAUGUUCCCUCAUCGUUUGAUUCCAUUCUGGACAUGAUAAGCUUAAUGAGGAAAUACCAAGAACAUGAAGAUGUGCCUAUUUGUAUUCAUUGCAGUGCAGGCUGUGGAAGAACAGGUGCCAUUUGUGCCAUAGAUUAUACAUGGAAUUUACUAAAAGCUGGGAAAAUACCAGAGGAAUUCAAUGUAUUUAAUUUAAUACAAGAAAUGAGAACACAAAGGCAUUCUGCAGUACAAACUAAGGAGCAGUAUGAGCUUGUUCACAGAGCAAUUGCCCAACUGUUUGAAAAACAGCUACAACUGUAUGAAAUUCAUGGAGCCCAGAAAAUUGCUGAUGGAGUGAAUGAAAUUAACACUGAAAAUAUGGUCAGCUCCAUGGAUCCUGACAAACAAGAUUCUCCUCCUCCAAAACCACCAAGGACCCGCAGUUGCCUUGUUGAAGGGGAUGCCAAGGAAGAAAUACUUCAGCCACCAGAACCUCAUCCAGUGCCACCCAUCUUGACACCUUCUCCCCCGUCAGCGUUUCCAACAGUCACUACUGUGUGGCAGGACAAUGACAGAUACCAUCCAAAGCCAGUGUUGCACAUGGUUUCAUCAGAACAACAUUCAACAGACCUCAACAGAAACUAUAAUAAGUCAGCAGAACUUCCAGGGAAAAAUGAAUCAGCUAUUGAACAGAUGGAUAAAAAAUUGGAGCGAAAUUUAAGUUUUGAGAUUAAGAAGGUCCCCCUCCAAGAGGGACCAAAAAGUUUUGAUGGGAACACACUCUUGAAUAGGGGACAUGCAAUUAAAAUUAAAUCGACUCCACCUUGUAUAACUGAUAAAACCUCUAAGUCCCAGGAAUUGAGUUCAGGGGAUCUUAAAGUAGAUGAUAUUUCUCAGAAUUCUUGUGUGGACUGCAGCGCAACACAGUCAAAUAAAGUUCCAGGUGUUCCACCAGAAGAAUCACAGAAGAAUUCAGGCACACCUCCAAGGCCAGACCGCUUGCCUCUUGAUGAGAAAGGACAUGUAAUGUGGUCUUUUCAUGGACCUGAAAAUACCCUACCCAUGCCUGAGUCAUCUGAAGGCAAACCCUCAGAUCUCCACUGUCAAACGAUGAAAACUGUGAGUUUAACACCAAGCCCCACAACACCAGUUGACACCCAUGAUCCUGCAGGUCAUCAUAACAACUCGCCUCUCUUUAGAGCACCCCUCAGUUUUACUAAUCCUCUUCACUCUGAUGACUCGGACUCAGAUGAAAGGAACUCUGACGGUGCCAUGACCAAGAAUAAAACUAGUAUUUCAACAGCAAGUGCCACAGUUUCUGCUGCCACUAGUACUGAAAGCAUUUCUACAAGGAAAGUAUUGCCAAUGUCCAUUGCUAGACAUGAUAUAGCAGGAACAAUACAUUCAGGUGCUGAAAAAGAUGUUGAUGUUAGUGAAGAUUCACCUCCUCCCCUACCUGAAAGAACUCCUGAAUCCUUUGUGUUAGCAAGUGAACAUAAUACACCUAUGAGAUCUGAAUGGAGUGAACCUCAAAGUCAGGAACAGUCCGAACAAAAAAUAUCUGAAGGCUUGACAACCCCUGGAAGUGAAAAAUGUGAUCAUCCAGCAGGAGGUAUUCACAUAGAGACUUGUACAGAAUGUCCACCUAUUUUCAGUAACAAGAAAGACCAACUAUCAGAAAGUCCAACAGAGGCCACAGAUAUUGGUUUUCGUAAUCGCUGUGGAAAACCCAAAGGACCAAGAGAUCCACCUUCAGAAUGGACAUGAUUCAGGGAGCUAACAGACACUUUAAAUUAGACUGGAAAAUUCAAGUGCCACUGAAAGCCAGAUUUAUAGUAUUCCAUCUUAAAAACGUGGGACUAACAGCAGUGUAGAUUGUUGCCUUAGUAUUUUUUUUUGCUAGGACCAUCUACCUGCCUUAUACUACACUUAGGAAAAAGUAUUACAUAUGGUUUAUUUUGUAACUUCAAGUAUUAUUGCCUUAAUGUCUCUUAACCCUGUUACACGCUGCUUGUAGACAUGUUAAUAUAGUAAUACUUUUAUGAUAAAUUGAGUUUAAGGACUACUCUUUUGCUAAUGUUUUAUCAUGUAUGCAUUAUUUUGUAUAUGUACAGGGCAAGUAGGUAUAUAAUUUGAUAAAGUUGCAGUCAUAAAAUGUUAUUAACAGAAGAUGUAAGAAAUUUCUGCAUGGUCUAAAUCUUUGUGUACCUUAUUUGUAAAUUAUUUGCCCUGAAGUUUUAGAAAAUAGUUUCUGAAUUUUAAAAUUGCUGGAUUCAUGCAGCCAGCGUUGCAGGUUAUCAGAGAUCAAAGAUUGUAAUAAUAAUACAUUUUGUAAAUUGUAAGCAAAAAGUUAUUUUUAUAUUAUAUACUGUCUAAUUGUCCAUCCUAAUUGUCCUUGUUUUCAUCUAGUCAUGGAGAUUCAGUAAGUGCCUUGGAACAAUAUUGAAUUCUCUUAGCUCGUGAGUGUGUGUGUGUGUGUGUGUGUGUGUGUGUGUUACUUUAAUAUUUGAACUCAAGUGGGAUUAGAAGACUAUCAAAAUAUAUGUAUGUUUCAGGAUAUUUGACCUGCCAUUAAAAAAAAAAAACAGAAACAAUUUUACAGUGCCUACUUGUCUUGGUUUUUCAUUCCUUAUUCCAAGGGAAUUAGAGUUCGUAUCCACCUUCCAGUGUUUAAGUCAUGAGUGUGAAUGGAGUUUAAUCUCUUAAUUAAAGAAUUCCAAUACUUCUACUAAUUCUAAUGCUUAUCCUUGUGUCAGCCCUAGGCAUCCUUCUCAUUAUUGCCUAAUAAGAUCCAGUAAAACACCAAACAGAGGUAAGGUUAGGAAGGGGGAACUGGUUUCUUCCCAUCCUACAACUGGAGCAUAGAUCCCAUCCAGGUGUCCCAAAUUUGAAUUCUAACACCAGGGAUUAAAGUUAAUGGAUGUCUAUAUUUUCCCUCUGCAUACGAAAGAGAUAAAAGGGGCGCCUGGGUGGCUCUCUCAGUUAAGCCACUGACUCUUGAUUUCGGUUCUGGUCAUGAUCUUAUGGUCCUUAAGUUCAAGCCUCACUGUUAGCGCAGAGCCUGAUUAGGAUUCUCUCUUUCCCUCUCUCUCUGCCCCUCCUGGGUUCCCCCCUCUCUCUCAAUCUCUCUCAAAAUAAAUAAACUUUUGAAAAAAUUAUACAAAGAGAGAAGAAAUUAUAAGACUAAAGUAAGAGAGUGACCAUAUCUGAGUAGAAGGAUUAUUGCAGAGGAGAAAAUAAAACUAUCAUUUCACGUCAAUUUUUUUUAAAGCUCAUUGGUCUUUGUGUUUGCUCCUUAGGAUUUCAAAUUUUUCCCAUGUUUUGGUCAUAAGGAAAUAUGAAUACAGUGGACCCUUGACAUUCACAAGACACAGACACCUCUAUAGCAUAUCAUUUUCCUAAAAAAAAUUAAACUAAAAGUAUAACAUUUAUUUUUUUUUUUUAUUUUUGAGACAGAGAGUGACAGAGCAUGAACGGGGGAGAGCCAGAGAGAGAGGGAGACACAGAAUGUGAAACAGGGUCCAGGCUCUGAGCUGUCAGCACAGAGCCCGACGUAGGGCUCGAACUCAUGAAUAGCGAGAUCAUGACCUGAGCCGAAGUCAGAUGCUUAACCGACUGAGCCACCCAGGCGCCCUAAACUGAAAGUGUAACUGUAAAACGAAUUUAGCUCCUUCAUGUACUUGAUGAUUUGUAUAAUAUGGUACUAAAAUAAUUUAUAAACAUUUUUAUGUUGGGAAGGAAUUGCUUGGAACAUCUUCAUUGAAAAAUAACAUAUUCAGGGGCACCUGGGUGGCUCCGUUAAGUGUGCAAAUUUUGAUUUUGGCUCAGGUUAUGAUCUCACAGUUCAUGAGUUUGAGCUGAAGUCAGGCUCUGCUGACAGGGCAGAGCCUUCUUGGGAUUCUCUCUUUCCCUCCCCUGCGCUCUCACUCUCUCUCAAAGUAAGCAAACAUUUAAAAAAAUAUAUAACGUAUUCAGAAGAGUGCAAAAAUCAUACUAAUAAUCAUAAAGUUUAUACCCAUUUGAGUGUGACUACCACCUAGAUGCAGCAAUAAAAUAGGAUCAGCCACUAAGAACCUUUCCCCUUGGGCUUCUGAGAUUUCUUCAUUACCAUAUGAGUAGCUGUUACUUCUUUUUCAUUGCUAUAGAGUUAUGCAUUGUAUGAAUGUACCACAGUGUGUCCAUUCUGCCAUUAACAAACAUUUUGAUGGCUUGGGUUUGGGAAUAUUACAGAUUAUGCCACUAUGAACAUUUUUUAAUGUGUUAUUUGGUACAUGUAGUACAUACAUCUGUUGGCAGAAUAUCGAGGAGUGGAAUUUUGGGAUCAUAGGGUACACAUACAUAUCUGCCUUUAGUAAGUAGAUACUGCCAGUUGUCCUAAGUGGUUGUUCCAAUUGUUAUAUAUUUCUUGGUAGUGCCCUUAAUUUUCAUUUUAGCCUUUCUAAUGGGUACAAAGUGGUGUUGGUUGUGAUCGGAGUACGUAUUUCUAUCUAAUGUUCCAUUUUUUUGUUCAGGGAAUGAUUUUUUUUCCCCCAUUGGCCAAUCACCAUUUAAUGUCCUUGCUCCACUGUUACAGUUUUGUCAGGUAUCCAUUGAUACCAGUUAUGUAUCCAUUGAUCUGUGAGUCAGUUUCUAGAUUUUUCUUUCUAUUCUAUUGCCUAUCCUCAGGAUGAUUUUAAAUUGUCUUUUUCUAGCUUUAGCUUUCUCCCAAGGAUUAGUUUUUAUACUGGUUGGAACUGUGAGUAGAACAGUUACUCAUUUUUCUUUUUCUGUGUAAAGCAUAUGGUAAGCUCAUUUGUAUCUGAGAUAAACCACUGCCAAAUUCAUCCUGCUGCUUUAUCCAAAACCUCUACCUUGUAUAACUAAGGGUACAAAGGCUUUUAAAUCUUUCUAUUUCCUUCAUAACACUAUCAGUUAGCUUUCCUUUGGGAGCAAUUUUUCAUAAAUAGUACUUUUCACUCUAAUACUUUUCACUUU